AUGUAUUUAGGGAGGGUUCACUGUAUCUUCGAAGUACCUGGCUUGUUAUCUGGCCGAGUUAGGCACAUGUCGAUGGCUGUUCGAUCGGCACGGUUGGUCUGUGGGCCGCGCGGCGUCCUCCUGCUGCUCCUUCUUGUCUUUCUCGGCGCCUUAGUGGUUCUUCACAAGGUUACUCAGUCACCUCUCCUUAAUCAGAACGAAAUCCUGCAAGAUCACUUAAGGGGCCAGAAUGAGCGGUAUGUCAGAUCCACCCGUACUAUUCUCCUCUGGACCAAAUUUUUUGGUGAUUCGCGAUGGAAGCUUUCCUGGGACACUUUGGGACCGCAGGAGCUGCGGGAUGAGCUCCACUGUCCUGUCUAUCAGUGCGAGAUCAGCAACCAGCACGCAUUCCUGCCCGCAGUGGAACUCUAUGAUGCCAUUGUCUUCCAUGCGGCGGAGAUGUUUCCGCUCCUGCGACCGGUGCCCUCCCAGAGAAGUCCCCACCAGGCCUACGUAUUCGCAUUGAUGGAACCGCCCGGGGAGACUAAGCAUCGGCUGGACGACGAACAGGGAUUCUAUAACCUCACCAUGACUUAUCGCAUUGACUCGGAUGUAUUUUGGCCCUACGGGCAGCUGCUGGACAUCACAGCGGACGCCGUGGUAGCGCCCAGUUUGAAACCACCUUGGAGGAAGCCUCCUGCGGUCUUUAACGAUUCCCUGGUUUGGGAACUCUGGUCGGGGAAGACGAAAACGGCCGCCUGGUUCGUCUCUCAUUGCGAAACGUUGUCGAAAAGGGAGGUCUUGGCCAAUAAGCUUCAGGAAUUUUUUGACGUGGACAUUUACGGAAAUUGCGGAACACUCAGCUGCAUCCGGGGGGAUCCGCACUGCGACGAGAUGUUAGACACUGAUUACUUUUUCUACCUGGCUUUUGAAAACUCGCUGUGCGACGACUACGUGACGGAGAAACUUUUUGACGCACUGCAACGGACCGUAAUACCCGUGGUUUUCGGCGGAGCGGACUAUUCCCGCAUCCUGCCUCCGCACUCUUACGUCGAUGCUAAUCGCUUCAAGUCCGUGGAAGAGCUGGCCCAGUAUAUGAAGCUCGUGGUUGCAGAUCCGGAUUUGUAUGUAAGCUACUUCUGGUGGCGCAGCCACUACCGCUUGGCCUACAGCUCCCCGUUUUGCGACCUUUGCGCCAAGCUACAUGCUCCCGCAUUUGGCCACAAGACACAGUUCUACGACGACAUCCAAUCCUGGUGGUUCAACAGUUGCCGCUUGCAAAGCCGAAUACUUUUGUGAACUGUGCGCGGAUUAGA